CAUCCUGAAAACACCCAGUCAACGCCAGUCUACGUCCGCUCUGCAGAACACUCCUGUCUCAACGCCGCGUUUCGUCGGGUUUCCUGCAGCAUCCCAAGUCCCUGUAGCAGCUGACGACGAGGCUGUUUCGCUGUUCUGCUGCAACCAGUGUGGAGAGGCCUGCAGCGCGCAUGAGGAAUGCAGCGAGUGCGGCACGGGGCUGCACCCGCACUGUGCGAGGGGUGGCAAGUGCGGCAAUUGCUCACGGGCUGCUGCUGUGCUGGAGCUGAGGUCGACUGCGAGGAAGAACCUUCAAAAGCAGGCGCAGACGAUGCAGAAGAUUUCGGACGCCAAGUUUCCCCCCGCGUCCGUCGGGGAUACGGUCACUGUGUCCGUUCCUAAGGUGGACAGAGGUCGAGGGGACCCCAGAAAUGUGGUUGCGGUUGUUCUCGAGGCCACGGAGGACGGUUUCUACAAACUUGGAAACAAGGACGGCGUGCUUGCUUCCAUGUAUGCUAGAAACCAGUUCGACGUGGUCAAAGAGAAGUUCGUUUCCACCGAAGUGGUCCCCGAGACUGAGCACGCCUUUAGGACCGCGGCUACAAAGGGCUCUAUCCUCGGCGGGCAAGGGUUUAGAAAGUGCAAUUGUAAUGGGAAAUGUACAACAAACAGGUGUGCCUGUAGAAAGGCUGGCGAAUUAUGCAAAUCCCAGUGUCAUGGCGGUAGGCCUUGCUGCAACAAAGGUUGAGUUGAGAGAAAAUGAAUAAAAUGAGCAACACUUCCCCACACAGCCCUCCUCUUUCCCCCUUUGACUGUACGACUUUAGCCGCGAAGAAUAGGCUAAGGUCGGUCCUAGCCGAGUUGCGCCGGCUAAGGUUGACCUUAGCCGCAAUUUCGGCUACGGUUGAUCCCAACCGACCUUAGCCGGCUAGGGUCGACAUUAGCCGGGGACCCGACAUUAGCCGUA